CGAGCGCAGAGGACAGCACACACACACACACGCACACACACACGCACAUUACGCGCACAACACACGCAGGCGCUCGCCGACAUACCGACACACACUUUGGCGCUGCCGCCGCUGCCUCUGCUGCUGCUGCUGUAUCACUGUAUCACACCAAUGUCAUUGCCGAGCUCGUGCUGCUGAGAGCCGCGCGCUCACUGACUAACUGACCGACUGACUGCUCUCUUUCAGGUCCGCCGUUCCCACAGACACCCACCGACCCCACCGGCAAGACACCAAGAGGGAUAGCCGGGGACCGGAUGCCUUUCUCGGAUGGAGAGCCGGCGGCGGUGGCCGCGUGAGAGAGGAGAGUCCGGAGCUCCUGCGCCGGGAGACAACACCACAGACACGGCUGUCCGUCUGUCUUUAAUCGGUGAAAUUAUCACCUCUUAGAUCCACUGAUCCACUGAUCCAUUGAUCCCAUUGACUGUUGAGUGGGAGGAAGAAGAAGGGGGAGACCGCGCGCACCGGAGACACCGGGACCAUGAUCCGGAGCUGCACGGGGGGUUAUCUCUGAAGGAUAGAAGAAGAAAAGGAGGAAGAAAUAAUAAAGCAAAAGCUUCAUGAUCUUUUCCGCUCGUGCAACAUCCACUCACUAAUCCCAUUAAUCUAUUGAUCCAUUGAUUGGUGACUGUUUGUUUUGCGCACCGGGACCAUGAGCCGGAUUUUCUUGAGAGUUCUAUCCGAAGGUUAGAGAAGAAAAGGAGAAUAAAAACAACAAGAAGAAGAUUGUUGUUUGUCUUCUGAGCUGAAUCAAUACCUCUGUAGAUCCCAGUGAUCCCAGUAAGCGGUGACUGGUCUGUGUUGGGGAGGAAGGAGGAAGGUAAAGCGGAGGAGGUUGUAAAACUAGACGCAGGAGCGCAUCGGAGACGGCCGGGGGACCAUGAUCAGGAUCUUCCCGGAUUUCAGCGUCCAGGUGACGGCUUCGGGAGCCGGAGGACCCGGUGGCGGAGGAGGCGGCGGAGGCGGUGGGAUGGUGACGGGACCCCAGGUGGGUCGGGUGCCUGUGCCGAUCCCCGGAGCCACGAACGGGACCCCGCAGAGCGUGCAGGGGAUCACCGCCUACCAGCAAAGUGACCCCUACUGGGAGCGGCCGGCUAAUGCAGGCAGCUGCUCCGCCGCCCGGCCCAAGACCCUUCACCUGGCCGGCCAGCAGCAUACCUCCUCACCAUGGCUGCAGGCUCUGAGGAAGGAGAAGUCACGGGACGCGGCGCGAUCGCGGCGGGGAAAGGAGAACUUUGAGUUUUACGAACUGGCCAAGAUGCUGCCGCUGCCGGGCGCCAUCACCAGCCAGCUGGACAAGGCCUCCAUCAUCCGGCUCACCAUCAGCUACCUGAAGAUGAGGGACUUCGCCAACCAGGGAGACCCGCCGUGGAACCUGCGCAUGGAGGGACCACCGCCCAACACCUCUGUCAAAGCUAUCGGCACCCAGCGAAGGAGGAGUCCCAGCGCCAUUGCCUCGGAGAUCUUCGAACCUCACCUGGGCAGCCACAUUUUACAGUCUCUGGACGGGUUUGUAUUUGCACUAAACAAGGAGGGACGCUUCCUCUACAUCUCUGAGACCGUCUCCAUCUACCUGGGACUGUCGCAGGUGGAGCUGACCGGCAGCAGCGUCUUCGACUACAUCCACCCCGGCGAUCACGUGGAGAUGGCAGAGCAGCUCGGCAUGAAGCUCCCUCCGGGCCGAGGGAUGUCGCUGUCCCAGGGAGCCGUCAACGAAGAUGGGGCGUCCUCGGCUUCUUCGUCGUCGCACUCUGAGACGCCCGAACCAGUGGAGUCCAGCAGUCCCAGUCUUCUGGCUCCUGAUAACAGUCUGGAACGAUCCUUCUUCAUCAGGAUGAAGUCGACGCUCACGAAGAGAGGAGUGCACAUCAAGUCCUCAGGAUAUAAGGUGAUCCACGUCACGGGGCGUCUGCGCAUCAGGAUGGCUUUGACGCACAGCCGCUCGGUGCCCAAUCAGAUCAUGGGAAUGGUGGUGGUGGCUCACGCCCUCCCGCCGCCGACCAUCAACGAAGUUCGCAUCGACUGUCAAAUGUUCGUCACCCGAGUCAACAUGGACCUCAAGAUCGUCUACUGUGAGAACAGGAUCAGCGACUACAUGGACCUGACGCCAGUGGACAUCGUGGGGAAGAGGUGUUACCAGUUCAUUCAUGCUGAAGACGUGGAGGGAAUCAGACAGUGUCACCUGGACUUGAUGAAUAAGGGUCAGUGUGUGACGAAGUAUUACCGGUGGAUCCAGAAGAACGGCGGUUACAUCUGGAUCCAGUCCAGCGCUACCAUCUCCAUCAACGCCAAGAACGCCAACGAGAAGAACGUCAUCUGGGUCAACUAUGUCCUCAGUAAUCCAGAGUAUAAAGACACGCCCAUGGACAUCGCCCAGCUGCCCAACCUGCCUGAGAAAACCUCUGAGUCAUCUGAAACCUCAGACUCUGACUCUGAGUCCAAAGAAAACUCUGACAAUGAGAACGCCAAGUCCGAGGGGAAGCCAGGCCACCAAUCAGAACGUGAGGACCCAGAGACAGACAGCAAGCGUCAGCAGCAACCCGGCCAACCACAUUGCUCCUCUGAACAGGAAAUGAAGCGUCAGGAGGAAGGAGACAGCUCAAGUAACCCCGAGAGCCAGGACAGUGAUGACAGUCUGGAACCUUCAGAUGGAGAGGGGGAGGAACAGGAGGAGGCAAGGGGAGGAGGUGGAGGAGGAGGGGGCGGAGGUGGAGGUGGAGGAGGAAGGUUGGGGAGGUUAGCAGGACUGGGAGGGUUGGGGGGACUGGGCGCCAUCGGAGGACUGGGUAAUCUGAGUGGGCUUCAUAUCAAAGUAGAGCACUAUGGAGAGGGGGAAGAAGUACAGCUGCACAACUCGCAAACUUCUUCAUCAGAGGAGGAGGAAGAAGAGGAGGAUGAUGAUGACGAAGAGGAAGAGGACGGUGGCGUGCAGGAUUGUGAGAGCGCCAAUGCUGGAAACAAGCUCCAGAAGAGGCGGAAGAGAAGGAAAGUGCAGAAAUGGGACGGAUCCCGAAGUAGGAGGCUCCGUCUCUCCUCAACCACGCCCAGCCCUGUCGCCAUGGGAGAUACCACACCGCUGGUUGACCCCAGCCAGGCCACGCCUGCCAACUCCUCCCACCUCCUCACCUCCGCUGACUCCCCAAACAGUGCAAAUGCGACAUCCUCGGUCCUAAAAAUCAAGACGGAGAUGGCAGAGCCAAUCAACUUCGACAACGACAGCAGCAUCUGGAACUUCCCGCCCAACAGAGAGAUUUCCAGAAACGAGUCCCCGUACAGCAUGACCUCCAAGCCCGCCGCUCCGGGGAACCACGAGACCUUCCCCUCACCCCAGGGAGGCUCUCUCCAGGUAGCCAUUCCCGACUCGGUCCUCACCCCUCCUGGAACUGAGGGAGGAGCAGGAGGAGUGAGGAAGCCUCCUUACAAUGGUAGCUCUGCGCCAUCCUCUGCUUCCAGCGCUGCCAGUUUAGCACCUCCCUCCAGCGCCUCCUCUGCAGACCCCCUGUCCCCUCCUCUCUCCGCCUCUCCGCGGGACAAGCAACAAGGCACUCCCACCACCUCCUCUUCUACUUCCUCAUCCUCGUCCUCGUCCUCAUCAACCUCUUCCUCCUCGCUGCUGUACUCUGGUGACCUUGAGGCACUACAGCGUCUGCAGGCUGGUAACGUGGUGCUCCCUUUGGUCCACCGGGUCACAGGGACUCUGGCCUCUACCAGCACGACAGCUCCACGGGUCUACACCACCGGCACCAUCAGGUACGCACCGGCAGACGUCACCCUGGCCAUGGCCCAAGGCAAUCUCCUCCCCAAUGCUGCCAUGAACUUUGUCGACAGCUCGGGGUUCGGUCUGGACCCCAAGACGCCCAUGGAGAUGCUGUACCACCACGUCCACAGGCUCAACAUGUCAGCAGCGGCAGCCGCCGGCCCAUUUGUCGGAUCUCCGGCAGCCACGGGUGGGAACAACGCCCUGGGAGGCCAGAUGACGACCGCAGCCAACGUUUUCACCACAGCGGAGGGACUUUUCUCGACGCUACCGUUCCCGGUGUACAGCAACGGGAUCCACACCACGCAGACGACUCUGGAGAGGAAGGAGGAUUAACGCAAAACGUUCAAGACCGCAUUACUGUGUUUCUGGAAUCAACAACUGUGUCAAAGUUAAAGACUACUCACUAGUAAAAAAAAAAAAAAAAAAAAAGAAAGACUAUUUACUUGCUAUCUUUUAUCAACACAGCACUGUGUUUCCGAGAGGGGAGAAAGGACAGGAAAGGAUGACAAAUGUACUCUAGCACUUUGAAUCUGAGCAACUGAGCUUGUGUAAUAGACAUGAAUGACCCUCAAACAUGUCCCCCUUUUUCUAUCUUUUUUCUCUCUCCUCCUCAUCCUCUUCUCCUCCUCUCUCAGCCUCUCUCUUUGCUCCUGUUUCUUGCGAUCAGCAACAUUUUUCUCAUGAACAGAUGAACAAAAAAAAAAAAAACUGACUAUUCUUUAUUGUAAAGAAUUCCUUUUUUGCCUACAGAGAAUUCAUAUUGCCUAAGGACUCCGCUGGAGCCUGACGGGGAUAAUUUUUAUUAUUUGACUUGUUUCUGAUGCGUCUUUAUGAAGAUGCUGAUUGUGUGUAUUUAAAGGAGGACGGUACAGGGAUUUGUAACGGACAGAAAACUCUAUGCGGCGCUCCUCCAUAUGUAUCUUGAUGUGAUCAAGGCUUGAAAAGAACGUUUUUAAACCGAGCAGAGGGAGCUCUCUUGCGCCCGACAAAGGUCUCAGAGAUAAUAAUCUUUUGAAAAAAGGUUUUUGCGGACGUUUCUCGAUUGAGGGAAUAGUUUAGAGAAUUAAUGCUGUUUUUUCUCCUUUCAUUUCUUCCUUUUUUUAUAAAAAUAUUCUAGCUCAGAUUUAACUUACGAAUCAAGCAUUAAGAAGAAAAACAAAAAAAGCAAUUUCAGCCGGGUAAUGACCUGUGAAUUAUCGAAUGUUACUACUUCCUCUUUUAUCCCAGGAGUUUACCUACAGGUCUCGCACCAAGCAUAACCUCCUCUACAUCUCCUCUCAUCUCAAAUCUGUCGUUUCGCUCUCUUAACUCUCACUCUGUGAUCUCUCCGUCUACAUUUUUCUUCCUGUCGAUCUACAAAUUCAUGGUGCUACCGACCGUCCAGUAACCCUGAUUCAGCUGGCUGAUGUGGGUGCUGUAAACGAACCCACAGCUCGUUGACAGACUGAUCGUACUUUUUCGUUCUGGAGGGGGAACAAUUUUAUUUUUUCUCUUCUGACCUUCAGGAAAGUCAGAAACACAGCAAGAACCUUAGAACCUCUAAAUCAGCAACGUCAUCUCCAUGUUUCACCCUUUACGUCCCUCCUUCGUUUGUCUAAAGGAACGCUUGAUCUGACUGGGCCAUGAGGGGCAGCUCCGCAUGGCAACAUGGAGGCGAUUGGUUGAAUUUUAGGCUACAUAGUGUUUGUUUUUAUGUUUGUGUAUUUUCUAACUGAAUCACUUUUAAUUCUCAGUGAGACUGAGGCUAAUACGCUAGUGUCGCUAACUUGAAAAAUGAAUGUUGAAAACCUCGACCGGUUCCUGUUUGAUCACUGUUUAGAUUAUUUUGUACUACUUUAUUUUUUUCCCUCCUCCUCCUCUUCUUCUUCUUCUUCUUCUUCUUCUUCUUCUUCUUCUUCUUCUUCUUCCUAAACCAGAAUCACCUCCACGAGAUUUUCCUAAACAAUCCACUCUCUUCCAUCUCAUCGCCGGACCCUGUGAUAAUAAAAAAAAAAACACAUAUCAACAAGGAGAUUGUAAUAAAGACAUGCAUUUUCAAUCAAUCAAUCUAUCAAACAAUCAAUCCAAUAACUACGAGAAAAAAAAGAAUAUGACUUUUUUGAGGAAGAGAAAAAAAAUCACAUUCCUUUAACAAACAAUGUCGUCUUUGUCGUUGUUCUUCUGUUCUGUGUUUUUUCUUCCCCAGCCUCCGUUGCCAAAAAAAAGAAAAAAAAGAAAUCUCACAAGUUUAGUGUUUUAAAAGCACUGUGAUUCUCGUUCAUUUGUAAAACUUUUUUUUCUUCUACUUUUUUGGUAAAAAGAGAAAAAAGAUGAGAACAAGUAAUAAUUAAAAAACAAAAAAGAAAAAAAAAAACUGUCACAACAUCCACGACAUUUUUAAAGUUGGCAGCCCCGUCUUUACCAUCCUGUCAUACCUUAUUACCCAGUGUGAUUAAGCCGUAAAAACGUGUUACCGAUGUGUUUAGUGUCACUGGCUGUCAAAAAGUCUUUCAUGGCGACUUCUCUCUCUGUGUGUGUUGACUAUAUGCAGUAUAUACUGAGCUACUGUAGCUGUUUUUGUCCUUUGUCUUCUCUGUGCUCUAUCUCUAGUGUGGGGGAGGGGAGGUGGGCGGGGCUUACAUGUGAGAGGGGUGGGGUCUAUUUGGGGAUCCCCAAAAAGUGACAACCCUCUUUCCCUCUGUCCCCGUCUCUUUCUCCGUCUCCCUCUAUCUGCAGUCUUAGUGAAACCAGUGGAGGUUCGUGGAAUUUCGUGUUCGGUGGCCUUUGCAAAAAAACAAAAAAAAAUUUGUAGAGUCCACCUUUUUUUUCGCUGCUUCCUUUUUGUCUUUGUAAAACCUCUUUUUCGUUUCGUUUUUCUUUCUGUUGGUUUUCUAAUCCUUCUCUCUCUUUCUCUCUCUGCUAUUGCUUUUUGCUGUUGUGUAGUCUUAUACAAACCUUUUUAUCUUGCCGUCCUUUCUCUCAGAGAUGAAAAGAUUCUUUAACUAGCUCAAAGGUUUAUGGAGCCAUGUUUUUUGCCGCUAAGGAAUUCUGGGAAUUGCAGUUUCCAGCUCUUGCAAGCAAAGUAUUAAGCGACUAAUAAAUAUUUACACAUAUAGAGUUAAAUUAUGACGAGGAAAAAGCCUACAGUAGCAUUUUAGAUGUAGUCCUGGAAAAUAAAAUAAAAAACACAAAAGCCUCAGUUGUGAAACAUUUCCCAGAGUCCCUUGGGGCUUCCUGUGUGCAUUGGGUGUAUUUCAUUGGUUCCCACCGAACUUGUUGACUUCCUGCGCAAACUUCUCUCACGGGACAAACAAAGUUACACAAGUGGUUCAAGGGGGGAGGAAAAAAAAAUCACUAUUUCAGGACACGUAAUAAAAAACGAUUUUAAAGAUUUCUAAAGAAAUUAAAAGAAGAAAAAAAUAUUUCGCACUAUAAAUCUAUUUUUAUAGGUGUUUUGGAAAACUGAACUGCAUGUUUAGUAAGUUCGUCCGAUGCGUUUCACGUGAUCGAUCCCUCGGUUUUCUUUGGUUUUUUGUUUUCUUUCGGUCCAGCGUUUUUUUGUGUUUUUUUAAGUCUGUCGAGCCCAAACGGGGACGGAGGCCUGUUGGAGGAAUAAAGUCUGUAUCGUCAAACCGACCCGGGCCUCCGAUCCCCCCCUUCACAUCAGGAAAAACAAUCUGUAGCGUCUGUGCUUUCUGUGAAGAAUCAAUGUCUUGUUACUGCGACUAACGUGUUAAACGACAACAGAAAAAAAACAGGUUUAUGAAAUUUAACAGUUAUUUAUUUUUGUGUUCACUAAGGGGAAUGUGAUUGGUCCACUUGAUCUGUCGGUUGAUUGGUGGGUCGUUUGUGGUUGAAUGUUUCAAUUCAGUCGUUUCAGGAGCAUUUUGUUUCCGCGCUCCUCUGGAUUUUAGCGUUUUCUACUUUUGGCGGUUUUGCGUGAAAACGGGGGGCGGGGCACAAACGGAUGGCAGGGCCCCAUUUGGUAAAGAGAGGGGAUC